UCCGUCGCGUCCAGGCUCCGCGCGUCCCCGGCGGCGCGGCUCGGCUCUCCUCGGCUCUCCUCUCCACCGCUCCGUUAGGCCUCCCGUACCGUCCGGCAUGAGCGGGGACCAGCUGCACAACGAUUCCCAGAUCGAGGCGGAUUUCCGAGCGAACGAUUCUCACAAACACAAAGAUAAACACAAAGACCGAGAACACCGGCACAAAGAGCACAAGAAGGACAAGGAAAAAGACCGGGAAAAGUCCAAGCACAGUAAUAGUGAGCACAAAGAUUCCUCGGAAAAGAAACACAAAGACAAGGAGAAAACCAAACACAAAGAUGGCAGCUCAGAGAAACACAAAGACAAACACAAAGAUAAAGACAAGGAGAAGAGAAAGGAAGAGAAGAUGAAAUCAUCUUCUGGUGAUAUAAAAAUAAAGAAGGAAAAGGAAAAUGGUUUCUCCAGUCCACCACGUAUUAAAGAUGAACCAGAUGAUGAUGGGUUUUAUGCGUCUCCUAAAGAGGACUCCAAACCCCUGAAGAGGCCUCGAGAAGAUGAUGAUGCUGAGUACAAACCCAAGAAAAUCAAAACAGAAGACAUCAAGAAAGCAAAGAAAAGGAAACAAGAGGAAGAAGAGGACAGCAAAGCAAAGAAAGCUAAGAGCAAAGAUAAAGUCUCUGAAGCGGACAAGAGAAAGAAGCCGAAAAAAGAAGAGGAGCAAAAAUGGAAAUGGUGGGAAGAAGAGCGCUACCCCGAAGGCAUUAAAUGGAAGUUCCUAGAGCACAAAGGUCCUGUAUUUGCUCCACCAUAUGAACCUCUGCCUGAAAAUGUCAAGUUUUAUUAUGAUGGUAAAGUCAUGAAGCUGAGUACCAAAGCAGAAGAAGUUGCCACAUUCUUUGCAAAAAUGCUUGAUCAUGAGUACACUACAAAGGAGAUCUUCAGGAAAAACUUUUUCAAAGACUGGAGGAAGGAAAUGACCUCUGAAGAGAAGAGCACUAUCACCAACCUCAGCAAGUGUGACUUCACCCACAUGAGUCAGUAUUUCAAAGCUCAGACGGAAGCUAGGAAACAGAUGUCCAAGGAGGAGAAACAGAAAAUCAAAGAUGAGAAUGAGCGGCUAUUGAAGGAAUAUGGUUACUGCGUGAUGGACAACCACAAGGAGAGGAUUGCCAACUUUAAGAUUGAACCCCCAGGUCUCUUCCGAGGUCGUGGGAACCAUCCCAAAAUGGGCAUGUUGAAGAGACGCAUCAUGCCAGAAGACAUCAUCAUUAACUGCAGCAAGGAUUCCAAGAUCCCUCCCCCUCCACCAGGACACAAAUGGAAGGAGGUCCGGCAUGAUAACAAGGUUACCUGGCUGGUGUCAUGGACCGAGAACAUCCAAGGCUCUAUCAAAUACAUCAUGUUGAACCCUAGCUCAAGAAUUAAGGGUGAGAAGGACUGGCAGAAGUAUGAGACAGCUCGGAGGUUGAAGAAAUGUGUAGAUAAAAUCCGAAAUCAGUAUCGAGAAGACUGGAAAUCCAAAGAGAUGAAAGUACGGCAGAGGGCUGUGGCGCUGUACUUCAUUGAUAAACUUGCCCUGAGAGCUGGUAAUGAAAAAGAAGAAGGAGAGACAGCUGACACCGUGGGCUGCUGCUCUCUGAGAGUAGAACAUAUCAAGCUGCAUCCUGAACUGGAUGGCCAGGAAUACGUGGUUGAGUUCGACUUCCUCGGAAAAGACUCUAUCCGAUACUACAACAAAGUCCCUGUUGAGAAGAGGGUGUUUAAGAAUCUUCAGCUGUUCAUGGAGAACAAGCAGCCCGAGGAUGACCUCUUUGACCGCCUCAAUACCAGUAUCUUAAAUAAACACCUUCAAGACCUUAUGGAGGGACUGACAGCCAAGGUAUUCCGUACUUACAAUGCCUCUAUCACGCUACAGCAGCAGCUCAAGGAGCUCACUAAUCCGGACGACAACAUCCCAGCGAAGAUCCUUUCCUAUAACCGUGCCAACAGAGCGGUUGCCAUUUUGUGUAACCACCAGAGGGCUCCGCCAAAGACCUUCGAGAAGUCCAUGAUGAACCUGCAGAGCAAGAUCGAUGCCAAGAAGGAGCAGUUAGCUGAUGCCAGGAGAGAACUGAAAAGCGCCAAAGCUGAUGCCAAGGUCCGGAGGGAUGAGAAGUCUAAAAAGACAGUGGAGAGCAAGAAGAAAGCAGUGCAGAGGAUUGAGGAGCAACUGAUGAAGCUGGAGGUUCAGGCUACAGAUAGGGAGGAGAACAAGCAGAUCGCUUUGGGCACCUCCAAACUCAACUAUCUGGAUCCCAGGAUCUCCGUUGCUUGGUGUAAGAAGUGGGGAAUUCCUAUAGAGAAGAUUUAUAACAAAACCCAGCGAGAGAAAUUUGCCUGGGCUAUCGACAUGGCAGAAGAAGACUAUGAGUUUUAACCUGUUUUUAAUGAGCUGAAUUUUAUGGGAAAAAAAGGGGGAGUAGCCUGGUUUUUAGGGAGAUUGAUAAACUGUGAGCCUUACUUGUCCUUGGAUGCUGGGGAAGGGGGAGGAAAGGGGCAAGUGAGCAUCAGAUAAAACAGCCAACAUCUUGCAGAAAGCAUAACCUGGAAAUAUCCUAAAGGAGCUGAGCCAGUUGUCCUAUGGACAACUUAUUUAAAAAUGUUUCAGAGAUCCAAAUUCUAGCUGUCUGGUUUGUGUGGUUUUUCUCUUGAGGCAGGGCAAGUGGAUGGGGGAUUUGUCAACCUUCCGCCAGGCAAAUUCACCAUCACACUGAGAGCGUGGGAAUCUUUAGCUACUGUAUACAAAAUCCAAUUAUAUUGGUGCGUUUUUACAGUUAGGGUUUUGCAAUAACUUCUAUAUUUUAAUAGAAAAUGGACUCCUUAACCCCUGCCCUUCCCCUCCCCCUCCCGCCCCAUUUCAGAAUUUAACAAAUAAACAAAAUUUAAGAAACCCAACGCACCUGUUACAGCUGUCACUAUAGUCAUGGAAAUACCCAAAUCUUUUUCAAUUUGUCACUUGGAACAGUCGUGGCAUUGGAACAUGAAUUACAAAUAUCCACCACAUUUGUUCAGAGCAAAGCGUGAUGGGAAAUCGGCCUCCUGACUUGAGUGUUCCUUUUUUAAAUGUGAAUUUUUAUUUCUUUUAAUUAUUUUAAAAUAUUUAAACAGGUUUUUUUUCUUCUUGAUCUUAAAGAUCGUGUAGGUUUGGG